AUGGACGAGCCCUUGGAUGAAAUACUAGAUGAUAGAUUUGGUCAACUAUCUCUGAAUGUCUCGAAGUCUCCUCUGGCUCUGAGCCAUUGGGAAGAAUUACUUAAUUACCUUUUAGAAAGGGCCAGUCCUCUGAAGAAGUUGAUAAAUUCUCACCUGUUGGAGUUGAUAAGAGACACUUAUAAGUCUCUGUUCACUUAUUUUCCACUAUUAGAAAACUACAGCAUCGAUUACGCUUUGCUAGAGUACAAACUAGGGAAUAUAAAAGAGAUGCAUAUGGCAUUUGUCUCGGCAUUGCAGCGACACAAUAAUGGUUCUCUUUUACUUUGGUUGGAGUACUUGAAACUAUGCAACGAAGUGGUCAUCAAUCAUAAGCAAUUGUUCCGCAAGUAUGAGCUGGCAGAGUCCUGCAUAGGGCUGCAUUUUUACAGUGGAGAGUUCUGGGAGAUGUAUCUGGAUCAAUUAAGACUUCGUUGUGUUGAUAAAAGGCGGUAUCUGGUAGUUUUGAGGAAGGUCCUGGAACUGCCGAUUUACUCCUAUAGCAAGUUUUAUGCACAAUGGCUAAACAUCAUCGAUGAGACUACUGACGUACGUCAGCUAACGAUGAUGGUUUCUGAGGCGGACAUUGAUCGAAAGAUGAAAAUAAAGAUCAGAGGGAGAGGUAGAAAAGGGCCCCAACUACAAGAAGGAAAAACACAUCUCAGAAAAUUCACAAAAGAGCUUUACAUGGUGGUCCAAUAUCGGGUGCUUGAAAUUUAUAAUCUGUUCGAGAGCAACAUUAAAACCCAUUACUACUGUUCUGCGGAAACUUUGAUAGAAAAAGGCGAGAUCUCAGCAUGGUGGAGGUACCUAGAAUACUCGAUCAACAACGGGUUUGAUAAGCUAACUCAUCUGAACUUCCAAAGGGCACUACUGCCUUUGGCACACUAUGAAAUGAUAUGGAUCAAAUAUGCUAUGUGGCUAAUGCAGCAAUUUGAAGACUUUGUAUCUGCAAAAAGUGUGCUGGCCUUAGGUUUGCAGCUCUCCCACAAGAAAACUAAGAUCAUAGAAUUACUGUGUGGAUGUUUGAUAAAACUUGGAGACUACGACCAACUAUUCUCGAUCUUCAACCAAGCACAGGCUGUAUUCGGCAAUAAUAUUGAAGAGACAGACGACUUCGAGCUUUUUUCUGAUUACUUACAGUUCACUAUGUUUAUGGAAAAAUGCAUCUCAGAAAACUUCCCAGCAGGCACUUUGAGCCAUAGCGAGACCGGUUUCAAGGUGCUCAUGAAACGCCUCAGCUAUGGCGAAAACAAGCGCGGACAGGAAGAACUGUUGCAUAUGGUUUGCCAAAUGUACAAGCGAUUUUCCAGACGUUCCUUGGAAGAAAAUGUGUUUCUUCCUAUCAUAGACCAAAAUUGGACAUAUUAUUUAGACAACGCUAAGUUUUGGUAUGAAUACUGUCACAGAGUCUGGUUUGAUCAGGACUCUUCGUAUUUGGAGAAAAGGCGAUACAUUGUCAAAAAACUAUUUCCAUUGGUCGCCAGUCAAAAGCUGGCUGCAAAAGAAGGUGUAAUAUCAUUCUGUGAAUCUUACAUGCCGGAAGACUUAGAUGUGUGUUUUCAAGUAUUCAAAUUGUGA